CGAGUAAGGCUCUGUUUGCCAAUUUUAUUACCAAAUAAAAAAAACCGCUCCGGCUAACUAUGGCGGCCUACGCAGCUCGUCGAUCGGCCGGUCCAGUCAUCCGGUCCAUCUCUCCUUCCUCACGAUUCACCCGCCGGUACUCCGCCCAUUCUCCCUCCACCGCCGCCGCUUCCACCGCCCGCUCCUUGUCGUUCUCCACCAGGCCGGAGAAGACCGCCGCCGCCGCCGCCGCGCCCUGCAAGCGUACGUGCCUCUGUUCGCCGACGAAUCAUCCCGGCUCGUUCCGGUGCAGCCUGCACAAAACCGGCGGCGGAUUCCAAAACAAUUCGCCGCCGCCGGCGGCGGCUUGCGGCGGCUCCGGCGUCCGGCUGAACAUGCGGCGGUCGGCGAUGAAGAAUUCGCUGGUGCGGAUCGGCACCGUCGAAGGCGAUCUGAUGAAGAGGGCCCUGGCGGCGCUGAUUCGACCCUCCUCCCACCACCAGCGCCGCCGCGGCGACUUCCGGCGCCGCCCGAGUCGGCUGUCCGUCGUGUCGAAUGCUUUCUGAUUUUUUUUACCAUCGCCGGCGAUGACGUCAUCAUUGAUUCGUGAAACGGGACGGGAAAAUUUUUUUUUUUGUGCUCCGGCGACCGGAAACCCGACGGAUUCCUAAAGGAACUGUUACUUUGUAUAUAAUAAAGUUGAUAAUUAUUAUUAUUAUAAUCAGUAAUUGUAAUUAUGAAUUAAAUUUGAUAAUUAAUUAUUUCCAAAGUGGUUUUUUAUUUAAUUAAAUAAACAUUUUUGUUAUAAUAUAUAGAUUAUUUUUAAUUUUUGCUUCAAUAAUUGCACGCCGUUGAGUUACUCCGUUCCGGAUGACGUCCCGUUUCGGGUCAGAUUUGACGCCGUUUCUUGGCUUCUACGUUUUUCUGAGUGAUAUAAUUAGGACAAACCUCUCUUUUUUCAUUUUUCUUAUAUAUUUAAGAAUAAUAAUAAGUUUAGAUAUUUUUUAGUAUUAUUUAUUAUGUAUGGUUGCAGCAGGUUAAUGGUAAUGUCAAAAAAGGUUAUAGGGAAGAAUGGUGACAAAUGACUUUUGAGGGCUUGAAAACUAUGCCAUGUAUUUAGUAGAAUUUGAGUGGGACCACAUUGGAAACUUUGGACAAGGAUUAAAAAAUGAGGAAUUUCGUUGA